AUGAUUGACACUGGGAAAACAAAUAAAUAUUUGCAUUCUCCAGUAGAAAUGUUUUUAAUGGUAAUAAUAACUGCAGUUUCAAAUUGAGUAAUGAUCCCCUAAAUCAUUUACACAUACUAAAUUAAGAAUGCUCAUACAUUGUUCCUAUCUGUAUUAUUGUUUGUGUCCUCAUUUAUGUAUCAUCUGUCUGA